GUGAGAAACGACGGGCGAGGGAGUAGUUGUGAGGGUUCAAAGGGCAAUAAGAAGCUGCAGGGUUUAGAGCUGCUCUGGUGUUGUCAGUGUGUUUUGCACAGGACAGAUCUCCAGCAGAUGAGGCUUCCUCUUCGCUCCUUCUGCAUCUUCAGGAAUUUAAUCUCUCGGAGACAAACGGCGGGCGCACACAGGCGAGGUCUGAGCGGUGCAGCCAUGCGUCUGGUGCAGUUUCGCCGCCAUGGGGACAGCGAGAGUGUCAGAGUGGGAGUGGAGCUGGGCGAGGGGCUCAACGUGGUGGAUCUGAAGGCGUUCGACCCCUCGGCUCCCUCCUCAGUGAAGGAGCUGCUGGAGCUGGGAGAUAAGGGUCUGGAAUGUGCACGGAGAGCCUUGGCGUCGGGACAGUGUGUGGUGAACCGAGCAGAAAUCCAUCUGCUGCCUCCCGUGUUGGCCCCGGAGAAGGUGGUGUGUGUUGGUAUGAACUACCGGGACCACUGCCUGGAGCAGAACGCUCCGAUUCCGAAAGAACCCAUCAUAUUCAACAAGUUCCCCAGCGCCAUCACAGGACCGUAUGACGACAUCUGUCUGCCGUCAGAGAGCCAAGAGGUGGACUGGGAGGUGGAGCUGGCCUUUGUGAUUGGACGCAGAGGAAAACACAUUAAGGAGGAGGACGCUCUUUCCUACGUGGCCGGGUUCACCGUGGCCAAUGACGUCAGCGCGCGUGACUGGCAGAUGAAGCGCAACGGGAAGCAGUGGCUUCUGGGAAAAACGUUUGACAGCUUCUGUCCUCUGGGCCCUGCCUUGGUAACCAGCGACGCCGUGAAAGAUCCUCACAACCUGGACAUACGAUGUGUGGUUAACGGAGACACCGUCCAGAGCAGCAACACCAGUCAGAUGAUCUUUAAGACCGCCGCGCUGGUGGCAUGGGUGUCAAAGUUCGUGACAUUAACUCCAGGAGACGUCUUCCUGACAGGCACUCCUCCGGGCGUGGGCGUAUUCAAAAAGCCACCCGUCUUCCUCAAGAAAGGAGACGUUGUGGAGUGCCAGAUAGACCAAUUAGGCUCUAUAAUCAACAGAGUGGUCUAAACUGAGCGAUCCACGAAGAAACAUCAGCUAUUAAAUGAACUUCUCUGAUUGGCUUCACUGCUUCCUGUGUUCAUGAAAAUCACUUUUUCUGGUGGCAGAAUGUGCAAAAGCAGCAGGAAAUAUGUAAAGAUGGAUGUAUAGUUCUUCAAUGAUUGUGAAGAAGAAAAAAAAAAGUGGCUGUGUUCACUAGAAGAGACUGUAAUUAUGUGACUCACGGUCGUCACCAGCUAUAAAAACAA